AUGGUGACCGUAUCCGAUCCUCCUGUUGAAGAUUUCAUUGACAGCCACAACCGUGCUGCCGAGAAGAUUGCUGCUACCAGAGCCGCCGCCACCAAGAAGAAGACUAACGAUGAUCUCUCUUCCGACUCUGAAGAUGAGCAGCCUCCUCCUUUGAAGAAGGUGCGAGGAAAGGAGCCGACCGGCAAGACCGCCAUUGACGAAGACUCUUCUGAAGACGAAGAAAAUGCAGAAGAUACCUCGGCAGAGGAAUCCGAUGAAGAUGACUCCGAGGACGAGGAGGAUACUGCGAAGAAGCCCAAAGGGAAGAAAGGAGUGACCAUUGCCUUCCCUGGUGGACGUGGCAGUGGACGAGGCGGUGGCCGUGGCCGUGGUCGAGGCCGUGGUCGUGGCAGUGGCCGUGGUACUGGUCGUGGUAAUGGCCGUGGCAAGAAGAAUGGUAAUUCAAAAGCCAAAGCCAAUCAAGACGACAUCAAAGCUGAAGGAGAAGCAAAAAAGAGGGAUGCAAAAUAUGACAAGCUCAAUGACUACUGUCUUUCCCGUGCCGUUGCGAAUGUGACAUGCAAUCUCAAGAAGGGAGCCAAGGAAAAGGGCAAAGUGUACUGGCAGAACAUCGCCGACAAAUUCGAAGAGAUCCGUGCUAAGGAUUUUCCCGACAGGCCCAAAAGGACUUGGGAAUCUUGCUACAACCGUUGGACCCGGCAUAUCCUCAAAUCAAUGAAUCUUUUCAUUCCUUGCUACCGCCACGUGAAGAAGAAUCCCAAGUC